AAAGGUGUCAACCCAUUCGACCACUUCAAACUUCAUGAGUGCGCAUUUUCAGAUUUUAUGCAGCUACCAAAGCAUGUUACGGAGCGGGAUAAUAACAAUAGACUAGCUUGCUAGCUAGAUUUCAACAAAUAUGUGGAUACUUAGACUUCAAUUGUGCAUUGUUGUACAAUUUCAGGGCUAAACCUCCUCGCCCUAAGAACAUUAUAGGGUGUUAUUAGACAACAUGGCUGAGGACAGCGAGUGGGUUGUGGAGAGCAUCGCUGGAUAUUUGUCAAGUCCCGAAUGGGUCAUACCAGUCACGGACUUCAUGGAAAACAAAUGUACAGUUUUUGAUGAUGAAGAUGAAAAUAAAUUGACUUAUACAGAAAUCCAUCAGCAGUACAAGCAUUUGGUGGAGAAGUUGUUAGAAUCCUACAUGCAAGAGGUUGGCAUCAAUGAGCAGCAGUUUUUGGAGGCAUGCUCCUCUCCUUUCGCCAAGUCCAAAACCUUACAGACUGUAUUCCAUCCCGUCCUGGCCACAGAUGACUUCCAGAUGUUCAGGGCUCUCAUGGUGCAGAAGAACAUGGAGCUGCAGCUCCAGGCGCUGCGUGUCAUUAAAGAGAGAAAUGGUGCCCUGCCUGAAUGUCUCACAGAUGGAGCAGAUGUGAUGAGUGAGCUGGAGCAGCAGGAGCUGAACAUUUUACAGGAGGUGCUCAAGAUGUCAAAGGAUGAGUAUUACCAAGAGAUGGCUCUGAGACUGCAGUCAGAGGAGGAGAUUGGCUCCACGUCCAGAAGCUGCUCUGAUAGGCCACUUCUAGAGGCAGUCAGUGUCCAGACGACCGCCUCCACUCAACAGACAAACAGCACUAACAAGGCCAAGGCGAAGGUGGGGAACAGUGGGGGCCAACAGCCCUCUGUCGCUCUGGUCAAUGGCAACGCAACGGUUAACAGUACAUCUCAGAAGAAAGAGGAGCUGAAGGCUGCUGUAGGUGGAGGUGGUGGGCAGAUGAGUCCAGCCAAGACCAGCACAUCUACCCAUUCUAAGUUGCCAUCAGAGCAGGUCAGUGCAGAGCCACGGGUCCUUCCUGCAGUGAGGGUACCAGUGAAGGGUACAGAGCCUCCGGCUGUCUCCAGGGAGAAGGGCAGCAGCAGCCAGGCAGCAGAGGGCUGGAUAGAAGAGGCAUGCAAGGAGGCUGGCAUUUCCAAUCUAUUCACAGAGUUGUCAGCAGAGCAGCAGGAGCAACUCCAGCAGAGGGCGCUGUAUCUGAGGCAGCAGAGGGACAAGCUUCAGGCCCUGAAAAAAGAGCAGAGACCCAAACCAGCCACACCAGAAAAAAACCCAGCACCCCCUGCCAGCACACUGGACGAUGGUCCCAAAAUGAACGGGGGUGGUGCUAGUAUAAAGGAAGAGCGGGUCAAUGCACCCCAGCCUGUGAGCUCUCCUGUGGGGGGACAGGAGAAGCAGCCCAAGGAGAUCUCUGUCGAAGAAAAAAAGAAGUUGCAGAAAAGAAAACAUCUGGCAGAAAAGCUGAAAGAGGAAGUCAUCAAAAAGUAAAGUCAACUGUAGUCAAACUGGACCAUCAAUUCAUUGGGAAGCUGAGAUGGACUGUGCAUUUGUAAUGGAAGAAUGCAGUAUUUAAAUGAUUCUUGAUAGUCUUAAAAGGGAAUGACAUAUUGGUUUCCUUACCCUGUAAGCAGUCUAUGGACAAGGUGACAGCAAUCCAUGCUUUGGUUUAGUUUCCCUGGCACUGAUUUGGAAAUGAUGCGCAAACAAUUCUAAUAUUGGUCCCAUGACAUGAAUGUGAUUUGUGCCGCAAAUGCUAAAAUGUGGAAACAGUGCCAGGGAAACUAAACCAACGCAUGAAUUGCGGUCAUACCUUGGUCUAUAGACUGCUUACAGGGUAAGGAAACAAAUGUCAUUUUGGGUGCACAAUCCCUUUAAGUAUAAUAUUGCACCACUGAUUCAAUGUAAUAAUGUAUGUGGUUUAAUAAAUCAAUUUUUAUUAAAAUUUUGACAGAG